GAAGGGACCUCUGAGGGCCGCCUAAUUCAACUCCCCUGCAAUGAACAGGGAUACCACAGCUAGAUCAGGUUGUCCAGGACCUUGUCUAGUGUCGCCUUGAAGGUCUCCAGGGAUGGGGCAUCAACUGCAACACCAGGGCUAAUAUUCCAGCUGAUGAGAUGUUACUAGGACUUUACCCCUUCCUCUGGACUCUGUCAGCUCGUAGUCUGAUAAUGGAGAAGAGAAUCAGCCUUUUAACAUGGCCAUGAUGAGGAAAUUUGUUAAGAUGAAUGUCUGCAGACUACGUUUGACAGUACCACCUGAUGAAGUUUCACAGCCUGAACAGGGAGCAAAAGAACCUGAAAGAAAGAAACAUGAGCUCUACCAUGUACCAAAUGGCGUGUCUCCAGGGAAGCUCUCUCAUGGAAUGGUGUAUGGCGUUGUGCACCGGACUGACAACAACCAUAAGAGAGAAAUGGUGGUUUAUGGCUGGUCAGCUGAUCAGCUGAAAGAGGAGAUGAAUUACAUUAAAGAAGUGAGAGCAACUCUGGAAAAAGUAAGAAAGAAAAUGUAUGGGGAGUAUGAUGAAAUGAAACGAAAAAUACAGCAGCUUACGAAUGAACUAAAAGUGACAAAUGCUCAUCAGGAAUCCUUAGAGAAUCAUGUGCGAGUGCAGGCUGCAGCCUUAGAUAGCUUUAGUGAAAUGAACAGCUCCUUGACAUCAGCAUCAAUAGACUUGCAGAAAACUUUAGUGGAUGUUACUUUGGAGAAUACUGAUAUAAGGGAACAAAUAAGGAAUUUAAAACACACACAUGAGCAAUCUAUGGAAAAGCUGAGAGAGAAGCAAAAACAACUGGAAACAGCACAAAUUGAAAAUCAGUUACUGAAAUUAAAGGUGGAAUCAUCACAAGAAGCCAAUGCCGAAGUCAUGAGAGAGAUGACAAGAAAACUGUAUAGUCAGUAUGAGGAAAAAUUGAGAGAAGAGGAGCAGAAACAUAAAGCUGAAAAGGAAAUCCUCCUAGAGGAAACCAAUCGGCUUCUGAAGGCUAUAGAGGAGUCAAAUAAGAAGAUGCAGAUUACAGAAACAAGUAUACAGGAGAAAGACCAGAGAAUUGGUGAGCUGGAUCGGUUGAUUGAACGCAUGGAAGAGGAACGUCACCAGCUGCAAAAACAACUGGAACUAAAUGAAAUACAACUAUCCGGAGCAAAAUCUGAGAGCAACUCUGACAGUGAGAGGUCGCAGCAUUUGGAGGAGGUAGCAGCUAGCCUAAGGGAGAGAAUAAAGCAUCUGGAUGAUAUGGUCCACUGCCAACAGAAGAAAGUUAAGCACAUGGUUGAGGAGAUUGAAAUGCUAAGAAAAAAAGUCAAAGAAAAGGAAUUAUUUAUAAUACAGCUUUUAGAAAAGAUUUCUUUCUUAGAAUGUGAGAAUAAACAAUUACAAGACAAAUUGGACUAUUUAAUGGAAAAUCAACCAAAGGCCAAUGUAGAAACCAGAGAUGCUGGUGUGGGAUGUGAUCUUCCAUCUAGUACAAGUAACGAUAACGGAAGAUCUCCCGAAAGCACAAGGACAACGAGGGCAUACACCCCAUUCAAGAGAGUGUUGGAAUAUAGCACAAAGAACAGUACCUCUUGAGUGUUCAAGUCAACGUGCUUUCCAAAUACAAACAAGUAUUUUGCGCCUUUGCAGCUUGAUUAGAUAAAUUUUUAUCAAGUCAUAGAGAAGAACAGCAGCAUGGAAUCUUGCUAAAUUUAUCCUGAAAGCAGCUUUUUAGUAGCUUCCUAUCUGAAGUUACUGCUGACAUUAACUGUGAGGGAGAUAGGCAAGAAGGGGGAUGAAUGAAACGGCAGUCUAUAUUGCUUCUUGAGAAGCUGUCUAGUGCAAUGUGUCAUUUCAAAUACCUACAAGGAAGGGAUUGUAUAGCUGUACAGAUUUUCUUCAAAUGUGUUCUAAUUCUGUUUGUAUGAUGAAUCUCUAUUUUAUUUUCAAUACUACUAGAAACAGAAUGUAAAACUACCUUGGCAGGGGGCAUUAAGCUCAAAGCUCCUCCUUUGUGUACAGAGUUUGAGAGCUGUUCAUACUUACCAUAGAGACCUGCAGUGACUGAGGGCUCCAUUCACACAGAACAAGUUGACUAAGAACCUGCAUCCUCUUGCUGAGAGGGAGAAAUGCAACUGGGAUGUUCUCAGGAAAUUCCCUCUACACACACAGGUGAAUGUUGUGUUUGUUGCUCAAAACAUUAAGCAAUAUAUCAACUUUAUGAUGGAUUUCGCUUUAUUGGAUGAAUAUGCGGUGUGUACUUCCUAGUCACAGUGCACAGUGACCACUGGUGAUAUGUAUCCAUCAAUGAUUAGGUAGGAAAACCCCCAUUGCUUUUUUAAAAUUAUUUUUGCAUUACAGGAAGGAAUUCUCACUGAGCAGCAUUUUGCCUACAGUAACCUCCUGCAGUUCCUGCCAUUCCCACAGCAAUAACUAUCCUGAAUGAUUAUUUUGAUUUUGAAUCUGCUUUCAUCCCCCACAAAAGCUUUAAAUCUUAUCCCCGACUUCAGAGUACCAGCUGAAUGACUGCAUCUUCCUACUGAAUUUAUUUAUAUAGUCUUAGUUUUUACAUUUUAUUUUCAUCUCCCAGUUUUAUUGAAAUAAACAAGUUUAGUUUAGUAUUUUCUUGUAGUCCUGUUAACAUUAAUGUGUGGCAAGUUUUUCCUAUUACAGCAACUGCUAUAGAAAAGAAACAAGUUGUUUUGAAUAAUUCUUGUAUUGAAUGUGAACCCCAGGAGGUAUUCAGCUUGCCACAGGGCUGCAUAAAGUGUCUGCUUUUAUCUCCAGUCUAAGGCAAGUUCUUAAACUCAGUACUCUCUGUUCAGUUAAUAUACUCAAAGUUGUACUUAAAAUAAUAAUAUUUAAUUCAUAAUCCCGAUCUUAUUUCUGCAUUCUUUCAUGGUUUUCUUAACUAGCUAAAAAACUUUUAUUCUGUAACUGUGCUGUUUAACUACUAAGUAAAGAAACCUGUCCUGGAGGAUGGAGUGGAGGAUGUUUUGAUGCAGUACAAGUACCUCACAGGAACACAAAUUGCUUGGUGUAAUUAAAGCAAACGCAAAAUAAAAUGGGAAACUCAAACCUCUCCAGCUUUUAUGCUUGGAUCAUCAUCCACUUGCAUGUAAGCUAUUUUUUUUCCUUAUGACUGAUCAACUCUUGAGAACUUAGAAUGGUCGUUCUUUCUAAAAAGUCAGACACAAUAUGGUGGAUUAUAUUCUGUAUAGUAUUCAAGAAAUACUGCAGUCAAAGCCAUUGACAAAAAGUUAAUCUACCUACUGUUGCGCUAAGCCUGUAACCUUUAUUGGGAUAGAAGUCACAAACAUUAACAGUUGCUCAGUAUUACUUGAAAAAAGAAAAAUUCAGAAUUUUACCAAGUUAAUGUAAUAGCUCUAAACAGAAACUCAUGUUUAGUUUAGUUUGCAUGGAGUGAAUAAUAUCUCCUCAGAUACCAAAGGGGGAAAAAAACCUCAUUGUACAAAGCAGACGAAUACCAAAUAAUGGCAUAUCAAAGAUGAGAGAACAGCUGACAUGUGGAGAAGCUGUAGCCUUAACCCCACAUAGAGUGUGCUUGAUUGUAAUUUUCUGUAAUUGAUUGUAUUUGGGAGAUUGAGUUCCCAAAUAACAGUUAAUUUGGUCAAUAACUAAUGAAUUAAGUUGUGUACAAUGAAUAUCUUGAAAUGGAACUCUAAACACAAAAACAUUUUAAAUGGGAGAGUUUACUGAUGAACCCAAAAGAUGAUGGGUAAUGGCCCAACCUGAAUUUAUGGCACAUUUUGUAUGUGUAAUUGUAUCUCCCUCUAGUGGCCCAUAGCAGCAAAAAUUAUUAGCUGCUGUUUGGACAGUAUGGUUUGAAGGGAAAAAUACUGAAGACUACCCCCAGCUGGCCAUACUAAUAUCCAUUAUGGAUGCAGCCUCAGUUGAUUAUCAGCCUGUUACCAUUCUAUGCGCCCAAGCAGUCUGGUUUCAGGAUUGCAUUUAUGCACUGUGAUUGGUGAGUUAUGUUCAAUAUCAGAUUAACUGAUGAAGGUUUUAUCUAUAGCUAAAAGGAAAUGGAAGUUGUUGUGAUAGAAAGACAUUAAUCGUAAAGUUUAGUUAAGUAAAAGUACUUUAUUGAUCUGUCUGGUUUGAGCCAGAAUUCAGGAAACAGUCUCACAGCUAAAUGCUCUGACUGUAGUAGUAGAGAGCGGGAUGAAAUAUCAGAAGGUUUUGAUACAGACUUCAAAAGGAACUUCACUCUACUUCUAGCAUAUUGCUGAUAAUAUCUCUGAAAAAGCUUUGAGAUGUGCAGAAAGGUGAUCAUCUGCUCAAAACUGCACCCAGACUGCAGAAAUAUUUCAUGCACGAGUUUCCCAUGUAAAUUCUAUUUAUGCCAUAUUACAUUUUGAUAUUCAGUGCACUGGAUGACCAUUAUUUGAUUCAACUAUUGGUCUAAAUGUGGUAGCUGUGAAAAGCAGGAGAGGAACAGUAUUUAUAUAACUGUGUUACAUGAAAAUAUAGAGCUUUCCAGUCAAAUCAAUAGCAAUGUAAAUUAGCAGAGAUAAUAACAAAUCUGGCUUGUCAAAUUGAGAUUGGAAUGCUUAGUACUAUAACAUUAGAACCUAGUACCAUUUCUGUAAAUGUAAACAUCAAUAAAAGCCAUAAAGAUAGGUCCCAGGAAGUGCAUUAAAUACAAGUCAAUUAUAUGACUUUGUUUGUACCACGGUAAGUGUUAUUCUGUGAUUUAUUCCAGAUCUUCUGGAAAGUAUUUUGGGAUACAGUUUUCAUAUAUGCUGUGUAAAUAGUGCAAUUACAUUGUAUGCUUUUAAAACAUCCUGUAUGUAAGACUUGAAAAGGAUAAACUGUAAUAAAUACUGUAUUUAAAAUUUCUAUUCUGCUGUGUAAAUAUUCAGAAAUAAACUUACCUUGAAACCUUGCAA